UAGUUCAGGCAUUAUGCUGGGCUCUUUAAUUUUUGUUGGUUUUUGCAUCUUCCUCUUUUUCUUCUUAAUUAGGAUCCAGAAGCCAAAGAACUUCCCCCCUGGACCACGACCCCUACCCAUAGUUGGCAACCUUCUUCAUUUUAACAUCAACAAUCCUUUGAAAGACUUUAAAUUGUUGGCUGAGCGUUAUGGGAAUGUUUAUAGCCUCUAUCUUGGAAGAAGUCCAGCUGUUGUACUUAACGGUUUAAAAGCUAUAAAAGAAGCUCUGGUGACCAAAUCUGCAGAUUUUUCUGGACGCCCACAAAAUUUGCUAAUCAGCCAUAUGAUGGAAGGAAAAGGAGUCAUACUAGCUGAUUAUGGUCCUGCAUGGAAGGAGCAUCGGCGCUUUGCUCUCAUGACCUUAAGGAACUUUGGUUUGGGAAAACAGUCUAUGGAGAACAGGAUUCUGGGAGAAAUUGAACAUAUUGUUGCAAAACUGGAGAAGCAUGCGGGAAGUGUCUUAAAUCCUCAGUCUUUGUUCCAUAAUGCAGCGUCAAAUAUCAUCUACCUGAUGUUGUCUGGCACUCGAUAUGAAUACGGUGAAGAAACCCUUAAUAAAUCUGUUAAAUGGAUUUCUGAAAUUACCAAGAUUCUUAAUGGACCUUGGUCAUUGAUCUAUGAUACGCUUCCAUGGAUAAGAUCUCUGCCUCUUCCUUUUAUGAAAUUGUUUAAAAACAACAAUUUACUUAAAGAAAUGACAAUGACCAUGAUCAAAAACCACAAGACAACAAGAGUCCGAGGAGAGCCCAGAGACUUUGUAGACUGCUAUCUGGAUGAUCUUGAUAUGGAAAAAACAGGAUCCACAUUUAAUGAAGACCAAUUGGUAAUGUACAUUUUAAACCUGCAUAUGGCUGGAAGCGAUACCCCGUCCAACACCCUCCUUACAGCUUUCCUUUACCUCAUGGCUUAUCCAGACAUUCAGGGUUUAACCUUUACUUCAUUGCACUUUAAUAUAAAGUAUUGUUACAUGAAACAUAAAAUAGCAAACAUAUUGUUUUUAGAGAGAUGCAAGCAGAAGAUUGAUGAGGUUCUACAGGGAAAAUCUCAUGUGUCUUUCGAGUACAGAUACAACAUGCCACACACUCAAGCUGUAAUCCAUGAGUUUCAGCGCAUCGCCAACAUCACCCCUCUAAGUGUAUUCCACUCGACGACAAGAGAUACUGAACUGAUGGGCUACAGCAUCCCAAAGGGAACUAUUAUCAUCCCAAACCUCUCAUCAGUGCUGAAUGAAGAAGGCCAGUGGAAGUUUCCUAAUGAGUUUAAUCCAUCAAACUUUCUUAAUAAACAAGGACAGUUUGAGAAACCUGAGGCAUUUAUACCAUUUUCUGCUGGGCCUCGUUUAUGUUUGGGUGAAGGUCUGACUCGCAUGGAGCUCUUUCUUAUCUUGGUCUCCCUGCUGCACCGCUUUCAGUUCAUUUGGCCUGAAGAUGCAGGAGAGCCAGAUUUCACUCCUGUAUUUGGAAUCACACUUACACCCAAACCAUACAAGAUGGGAAUUAGGCUGAGACAGCCAGCUACAGAAAAUUAGAAAUAGUCACCUAUAUAAUAGGUGAUAUAC